AUGUCGUCCAGAUCCUUGCUGCGAGCUUGCUCGUACACCUUCGGGGUUGGGCGGCCGCUGGCCGCUGCUGGAUCGUACCACCGAGAUUUCAACUUCGACGGCACCCCAACGACACAUCCUGGUGCAUGUUGCAUGUGCCACUUCAUGCUCAAUCUUCCACCGCUCACCGGGGGGGGGGCAUCGCAAAAUCGAGAAGGCACGUACACGUACCCCCAGCUUUUGCAGAUCGUUCCGGGGAACCGUUCUCGUGUUCUUACAGCGGGCGGCCUCUGGAGAGCAUCUGUGGCACCCACGACGCCGCGAACUCACAGCUCGGACACUCAGCCUCCUUCUUCGCUUGUCCCGCUGCUUGCAGCGACAGGUUUCUUGUUGGAUUACUUUGAGCCACGUCGUUUUGCGACGACUCCCAUGGAGGACUCUUCCCCUGCUGCCUCUUCUGAGACUCUGGCAACGACUACGACUGGGAACAUGAGCCUGCUCGAGGUCCAAAGCGAGCAGCUCGCCAUCAAGCUGCAGCAGGAGGCGUACGGCGGUGACGGCGCCGCCAACAGCACCGACGGCGACGCCGGUGUCAAGGACGACGCAAGCGGUGCCGGACGACAGCAGUGGCCAAUCCCCGGAGCACAAGAUUCCUCUUCGUUCUCGCAGACCCCGAACGCGUCUCAGGGCGCAUGGGGGGUUCCCGGACGAAGCGCUGCCGACCUCCUACGCUCCGCCAACGCAUCUGCUGCUGCUACCCCCGCCUCGUCUCAAGAGCAAUCAUCGUCUCCGCCUGCUGAUACCGCCGCCACCCGCUCCUCCUCCGCCGCCGCCGCCGCCGCCGCCGACCUCGCGGUCGUGCCGCUAGGCGCCGAGUCGAUCGGGGCCCUGGUGGGCAUGGGGAUCGACCAGGCGUGGGCGGCCGCGGCGCUGCGGCGCUGCGGCGGCAACGACGUGAGCCGAGCCGUGGAGUACUGCUUCUCGCACGACAUGGGGGCGCUAGCCGAGGAAGACGCGAGGGCCUUCGAGGCGGCUACUGCUGCUGAUGCGUCCCAGCAGCAGCACCAGGACAAUGAGACCCAGCACCAGCAGCCAGACGCAGACAGUGACAUGGCCUUCGCCCUGGCGCUGGACCAGGAAGAGAGGAGGCUGUUCGAGGCGCGCCGCUCCACCGCCGCGGCCACCCUGGCCACCGAACAGGGCACCUUCGGCUCCAAGGACCCCCCCCAACGAUGGGGAGUUGCCGAUGCGGAGGCUUUGAUGGACGGCGGUGGUGAAGACCUCUUGUCCCAGGACACCGAGUUGCGCGAGGAUGGGGAUGAAGGCGGUGGUUUGGAGGAGGAGGAGGGGGGGGGAGGGUUUCGGGCUGUCCCCGGGGGGGGCCGGAGGAAGGGGAAGAUGCCGCUCUUUAAGAACUCCGAGGGGGAGGUGGUGUCGAAGCACGACGCCGUCAUUUGCGGGAGGAUGAACGCGCGAGACGCGUCCAACUUGGAGGGAGUCGGAGACCUGACGGCGGCUGGGGUGCGCCUCGGCAACCGCACGUUCAACAGUCUCAAGCGUGACAUCCGCAAGAAGAAGGAGAAGGGGAUGGCCGCUGGGGGCAGGGUAGAGCAGGGUGAGUGGGUGCCUGGAGACGACGACGAUGACGUCAUGGCUUCAUGA